GUAUCGGUGUGAUUGCAUCUCGCGUCGCGACGCUCUCAUCACUGAUUUACCGAUUAUUGAAAGCGGCGUAUAGGGGCUUGCGAGUGCACUUUAUAUCAGCUGUUGCAACUGCAAAGCUCCACUCGGUUAUUACUGGAUUGCCAACUAUAAUGCUGUGAACUUGUGGCACAUAAUGGAGUUUCCUGCUGUCCUGCUGACACUCCUGCUGAGCAAAGCUGUAAUUUCCUUAGGAGAAGAUUGCACUACAGGCUUUUCUGUAGUGGCUCCAGAACUAGCCGUACCUGGAAAAACGACAGCUGUUCUGGUAACUCUACACGGUCCAACGAGUCUCCGACCUCUCAACGUUACCCUCCGGCUCCUUCCAGAUGCUCAAAAAGGGACAACCCAACAACUCGUUGAAACCACUCAGGAAAUAAGAGGACACGGCAUCUUGCCCUUGGAGGUACCAUUAGAAGCGUCAGGAAGUUACGUGCUCCAGACAUUAGUAAACUGCACCGGAAACGACCGCUGCGAACUACAAAGCUCGUCCCAAAUGAGACUUGUCGGACCUGUCAGGGACGUCAUUAUUCGUCCUGCCAAGCAUGCCUACAGGCCUGGAGAAACCGUGUCUUUCUGGGUCUUAGCGUUGGAUCAUGAUUUGCAGAUUGCAUUAGGAGCUAUUGGAAGUGUUAGCAUUAAAGACCCAGCUGGAACUAAAGUCGCUCUUUGGGACCAAGUGGCUUUAGACGAAGGAGUGAAAGCAUUCACGUUGCCAUUGUCAGAAUACGUAAAUUCUGGCAGGUGGUUGCUUCACGUCGAGGUAGAAUCUGCCGAAUUUUCCGCACCUAUCGAGAUAGCUCCGGGUGCGGGAAAUGGACUUCCUGAUGUUGCAGCAGCCGAAGAGCAUUACGUCGAAUUGCGUUUCGGCAGGGAAAUGAGGCGCAGCUAUAAGCCAGGCUUACCGUUCGCUGGAAAGGUAGAAGCAAUGAGCACGGAAAAAUCUGUACGUGUCCGUGUCAAAGUGUACGACAACACCACUUCAAUAUACAGCCAGGAUAUUGAAAUAUCCAAUGGUGAAGGCACUUUUGUCGUUCCUGCUAUCUUGGCUGACAGCAAUAUUAUUGCAUUGCAGGCGGAGCUAGUAUCAGUCGACAGUAAAGAGAUUGAAAGCCAUUACGUGCUAGCGAGAGAACCAAUCCAUAAAUGGAACUCAUCUUCGGAUUGUUAUCUCUUGAUUGAAGGGGUCGAGCACACUCUUCAGCCGGAAGAGGAAGCUCACGUCGCUAUCCUCUCCACGUGUCCUUGCGAACGUGACCUGCAUUAUGUCAUCACCACCGACGGCCGGGUCACCGACUGGGCUCAACGCCGCUAUGAAGAUCCUGUACCACCCGCAACUUCCGCUUCCGCGGGAGCCGUUUGUCGUCUUAAUUUCAGUUUUACUGUGCGAUCUGUGAUGGCUCCCGUUAGUCAACUUCUCGUUUACUAUGUAACUCCCCAAGGAGAGCCCGUCAGUGAUGUAAUUAGUUUUGAUGUGAAGUUGCUACAUAGGCAGGUUUACGUGAAUUUGGAGGAGCGCGAAUAUUGGUUACCUGGCCAAUCGCUGGAUGUGGAAGUGGUGGCAGAGCGCUCUUCUCUCGUUUGCCUAUUAGGAGGCCGCUCUGGAGGGAACGGGGACGUGAAAUUCGAUCCUCGAAUUAGCGAAGAAAGAGAGCCGGCAACGGUCGCCGGCGAAAUUGACUUCCUGGAAGCGGGAGUUUCCUUUUUUCAACGACAAUGCGUGAAAAGGGGCAAUUCGGGAAUAUCGGCUGUGUCCUACAGACAAAGGGGCUCCGGUGCAGGGCCGUCCAACAGAAGAAGACCUCCUGAAAGCCUGGUGGGAGGUGCACCAUUUGAUCAACUUUGGCUCUGGAAGUGCUUUAAUUAUUCAUCAGAAAUUGCUUCCACCGGACUGACUAUUUCGGCGCCUCAAGAAGCCGGUAAAUGGUCUCUGUGGGCUUUAACCGUGUCCAGCAAUGGUCUGCGAUUUUCUUCGUCCGUAAACGUCCAAGUUUUCCGACCUCUGCAGGCGGAAUUCCAUUUACCUCCUAGUUUGAGAGUUCGGGAAACUUUGGAAGUCGACAUUAAGAUUGGAAAUAACAUAAACUCCUGCAUGGACGUGACAGCACUUUUAGCCUUAAGCGAAGGAGCGCAAUUUCUAAGUAACGGAUUGCUCUACGUCACUGAAAGGCUCCGGUUGGGUCCACAUGGUGCUACAUCUUUAGUUGUCAAACUUUUAGUUACAACUCCAGGUGUGAAAAAUAUGACGGUGGAAGUAAAUGGUUAUACGAGUCCUUCGUGUGAAGGGAGUGAAAAACCGGGAAACACAUCUCUAGCAGGAGCUGUGUUUCGUUCAGCAACAAUUAACGUUUAUCCCGAAGGAAUUGUGAGAACAGACACCGAAAGCGCUUAUUUUUGCGCCAACGAAAACUUGGUAAUUUCCACCGCCGACAAAUAUAAAUAUGAAUGGGUAGCGGCGCCGCGCAAUCACGAGGGUAUAGUUCUGGAACUGAAAGCCGUAGUAUCUAAGCGAAUCGGCCCAAUUCACAUCGCUCUCGCUGAAAGCCGUUCCCCUUCUGAUAAGAUGUAUCGCUUAACCAUCGGCGAUGUGAACAACAUGAUUACAUGGAUAGGUCGAGGAAAACACGGUUACGGCGUUCAAUUAACAAGAGUGGAAACGCCGGGAAUCUUAUCAGAGGAUGAAUGGUCCACGUUUUGGAUCACGUGGGAGAAGAACACUAUAGCUUUCGGAAAUGGCUCGAUUCCUCACAACAAUACUUUACUCAAGUGGAGGAUGGACAAGAAGAUUAAAAUACAACAAGUGGGCUUUGCCUCGUCAUGGGGAAGCUCGGCAGAGUUCAGAAUAUGGAAUUUCAACGAAGAGGCCGGCUUUUCUCAAGUUCUGCAUUUAGACACGCCGAAAUCGGUCGUUCCUGGUUCAGAAUGGGGAAAGUUACUUGUAACAGGAGGCUUAGCUUUACCGGCCAUAAACAAGAAAAUCGAAGGUGGUGGACUUUCCGGUGCUUUAGCAGCUUUAACUCCGCUUUUAACUUUGCAACAUCUUGGCAAGAAAGCCAACAAGACCGAACGCUUACAAGCUUUGCAGAGUUUACCUGGUGAUAUACAAGACAUUCUGUCGUAUCGCAAAGUGGACAACUCGUUCAGCGAGCACCAAAUGUUGGGCAGUCACACGGCCACGGUUUCAAUUUUGGAAGCUUUGACUAAAGUCCAGAGUUAUUUGAAUAUUGAUCCAGAUUUGAUUCAAGCUAUCAAACGUUGGGUACAACUGCGUCAGGAAGAUGACGGCCGAUUCUCUCCACUUCCUGCAGACGUCAAGUUUCCCUCUUCAAAACAGACCGAUUUUAUGCGAAAGAAUUUAAGUUCGGAGAUUGCUCUUCUCGAGCACGUCAUCGAAAUUACUGCCGACACUGUAAUCACAUUGUACGAAAUCGAGAUUGAAAACGACGCCGAUUCAGAGACAUUACAAAAAGCAAAGAUUUUCCUGGAGAACAGUCUCCCCAAACUGGAAACACCAGAAACAAUCGCUGUCGUCGCUUUAGCACUGGUUUUAGUCCGCAGUGCAACUGCCUCUUGGGCUAUUGAAAAGUUGCGAAAUGUGUCUACAACCGAGGAUGGUGAAUUCGGAUGGCCGCAUUUAGUCCCGCGAAGAGACGCCGCUGAUUGGUUGUACGAAUCCGAAUCGGAAAAAACACUAAAAGAACCGUUAGCGACUACUCUGGAUGAAUACAAGGCUUCACUUCACGCUUUAUCCACUUUUUGCAUAAUCGGAGAUUUGAAAUUUGCCGAAAGUGUAGCUCGGUAUUUGUUUUAUCGAUCUCAUAUGCUCGAUAAACACCCGGAGUUGUUGUACCAAGCUGUGAAAACUUUUACUCAGUAUGAUUUAUUGGCCAAAGAUCGGCAUCGGGCUUUAACUGUUUCAUUGGCAACUUCAGGAAUGGAACUCACAGACACUUUAGAACUUAAACCAGAUAAACCGCCACAAAGUCUUCAUUUGCCGAGUCUUCCCACCAAAGUUUUUGUUUACGCUACGGGGGCGGGAUGUGCUACAAUCCAGGGCAAAGUUUCUUAUUCGACGUAUUCCGUACAACGCACGACUCCUCUACUUGAACUUUGGUCGGGUGUGGUGCAGGAGAUUCUCCCUGACCGCAGCUCGGUAGAAGAAAUUGAAGGAAAACUUCCGAUGCUUAAGCUCAAGACAUGCUUUAGAUGGAAAGGAAAAACCCCGUCGGGAAUACUCCGUUUGGAAAUCUCCCUUUUUUCAGGUUUCGAACUUGCAACCACUCCACCACAAUUACUAAAUCCUCCGGAAGACAUGUCCGAAAUGCAGCAUAACUUCCAUGAUAACAAAUUGUGGUUUAUUUUUGCCAAUAUUUCUACUUUGUGUCCUGUUUGCGUCCAAUACAUGGCCCGCAGCGCCUUUGUGAUCUCAUCUCUCCGUCCAGCUUAUGCAAAAGUCUAUCCCGCUGGCAGACAAGAUUUAGCCGCUGAAACAUUUUUCCAUACAAAAAUCGGAAGCAACUUACUAAAAUCAAUAACCGAAGAUGAUUUAAUUACUUGGUUUGGCAAAAACAGAACGGAUAUUAGCGAACCAUAUUUCCAGUUUCCUCAAAGCUGUAUUAGAGAAGUUUCGACAACAGCGUCCACGACCACAAUAAGCACCACAACCGAUAAUCUUCCAGUUCCAUCACCGAAACUCGAAGUUUUAAGUGUGGCCACUUACACGAUUAACGUUGAUAACCAAUCCAUUUCAAAUAUAAAUGAUACCAGAAAACUUAUUGAGUCUACUUCACUCCCGUAUUCAACUUCAACGGAAAUACCUGAAAGCAGCACUCUUGGAGUCACAGAAAAUAUGAUUGAAGAAAAUGCGAUACCCCACCAUGACGAAGAAAAAAUUUUGAAGAAGAAAAGUAGAAGCAUUACAGUUAUGGACAGAAAUUUGAAAACUACAACUGUGCCAAAUCAAGUUGUAACAGAGUCAAUUACAACAUUUUCAACACCGAGUGAAGUGACAACAAAAUUAACGGAAAAAGAGCUUGUGGUGGAUAAAAACGUGUCUCCUCCGAAACAUAUAAAUACAAUAAUCCAGAACAGUCCCAUAAAAUACAUAGAGAAAGAUGGGAAGCACUCCGAGGAGUCUUUAGCGACAUUUGCUCCCGAAAUAAAGAAUGAUCAAUACGUGCUAUUAGAUAAGGAGGAACUCUGGGGGAUGCUAAAGGAGGUCGUUGAUGAUCAACUUAAAAAGAAAACGAAUUCAAAAAUAGUCGACGGUGAGAAGCUCCGGAGUCAAGGUUUCACGUAAUUAUUUGUCAUUGAUUUUUUUAAGAAGAAUACGUGUUGUGAUUAGAAUAACUGAUCUCGUUUACGAUUUGUAAAUUGUACAUAAUUUGUCGAAAAACUUUGCUGGGUUUAUUGAUCGGUAUGCGGAUUUGGCUUGAAAAUUUAUGUAGAUUAAACCACAAUUAGCAAUAUUUGUAAGUGUCUUUUGGUAUUAAAAUCAAUUACAAUCAACAGGAUUGGCCGCAAUGUGGUGUUGUGGAAGUGAGUAAUUUGUUACUACGGAUUUAUAUCAAACGCGGGUUGGUGCCAAAAUAAAAUAAUUAACUCAAAUUGUACAUACAUACAGAACUGACUAAAGUCAAUUGCGUCAACAUUUUGCAAAGUUACUCACUUACAAAUUUGGAAAAAAAAGGAUCGUUUCAAACACUGAUAGAUGUAUUUAAAAAUGUACAUAAGAAAAAGUGUAAAUUAUCCGCCCAUUAAUUAUAAAUUAAAACUUGCUGAAAUAUGGUAAUCUUAAGAAUUUAAUGUCUGCUGUAUUUAGACGUAAAAAGUCUUAAUUGUACAUAACGCAAAUAAGCAAAUGUGACGCAUUUUUGUAAAUGUGCCAAAUCGUUAAACCUUUAUUCCAGUCCAAGUUAGACAGUAGUGUUCACCGAAUUAAUUUCUUGAUCUUUUUACUCGUGUACCUGUAUAAUUUAAUAAUCUCUGUUGCCAAAAUAAAUAUUAACUGAAAAUAAUUACCCAGAAAACAUCGAAAUUUUUAUAACAGAUUUUCGAUUUACACCAUGUACAUAACAGAUCCAUUUAAUCCUUUUCCAUCAUUUUGAUAAACUAUUGCACAAAACUUUGUAUCUUUUAUCACAGUUAUUUGCUGAAUUUAUACAUACAUUAAAAACAUGUACACUGCUCACCAAUGUUAGGUAUAGGAGGAAAAUAAUGUUAUUUUCUCAGUAAUGCUUCAGCCAAAGUUAUAUAAUGCAUUUUAGCUCUAUUUUAAAUACCAAAUUGUACGUAUUCAUGUCAUAUCAAUGUUGUAUUAUUUACCAGUUCAAUAAAUUAUGAUUUUGUAA